AUGGCUUUUAUGAUGCCUGUCAUUAAGCCUGAAUUUGAAAUAUAUCCAAAUCGGAUAAAACGAAUACCAAGAAAGGCCACAAAGAGUAUGCCUGUCACUCCUAGAUUGUCCAAUUCUACUGAAAUUGAAGUGGAAGGUCGUCUAAUAAGAGUUAUUGCCAGUAAAAGUUUUAGCACUGGCAAAUGUCGACAUAAUUCCCACUGUACUUCCGAAGUUCCUACACCAAAAUCAGCAUCACGUAUGUCACUCCAUAAGUUCCACACCAGAUUAGUAGACAAGUUGAAGAGAAAGCUACAUCUACAGGACUCUGGAUAUAACUCGGAAGAUGAAGUGUCAGCCUGUGAUUCCACUACGAACAAAACAACUACACAUUCGUCGUAG